AUGGAAAACAAUGAAAGGAAGGCGGUGCCGCCUAAAGACCAAUUUUACAAGACCAAGCUCUGCAUCCCUUUUGCUUCCGGGCAAUGCCGGAGGAGCAGGAACUGUUGUUUUGCCCACGGAGAAGCAGAGCUACGCGCCCCGCUUGACCUAUUAAAGACGAAGAUGUGUGAGGCCUGGAUCCAAGGCAAGUGCCUUAAAGGAGCGAAAUGCAAUUAUGCGCACGGCGAGGAUGAGUUGCGGGCUACUUCGGAUUACUAUAAGACAGGUAUUUGCAAAUUCUGGAAACGUGGCUUGCCGUGUGAAGCGGGCUUAGAAUGUAGACAUGCGCAUGGAGAAGAAGAGUUACGGGCCCGUAACUAUCGACGGACCGAGCGGGAUAAGCGGGAGUCUCGAAGUAGUAAAGGUGGUAGCACAGACGGUGGCUCCGUGCAAAACAAAUCAUGGACGCCAGAUAGUACUUCGUCGCCAACCCCUCAGACGACGAACUGGUCUCAGAACGAAGCUAUAGAAAAUCUGGAGGCUGUGGUAGACGAGCUGCUGAUAGAGGAAGGUUUCGCGCACAGUGUCAGCUCGCCUGCCUUGGCCUUGGGAGCAUAUGCAAAAAAAUCGCCCUCUUUACUGGGCUCCUCUAUGCAGUCGCCCUUAGUGCAAUCCGCCUCUGUGCAACCACCAUCAGUCCAUGUUCCGUCGCCUUCUGUGCAGUUACCCGUCGCUACGUCCCCCUGGGCGAGCGACUACGGAAGUACACGCGGUAGCACCGGGAACCUAACCGCGUUCGACCAGCCCAAGCAACUCACUGUCGAGGCUCUACUCUCCCAAACGAAGCCUACUACCCGCGCCGCCAGCGGCGUCAACUUGAAUUGCUAUAGCCAAAAAGAAAGGUCCAUCAAAAAACCACCUCUAUAUAUCAUCACUGAGAAAAACCCAGAGUUCGAUCCUUCCAUGGCCAUUACGAUAAUAAUUGAUGAUGAAUACAUAAAAUGUAAUGUAGAAGAGGUUCAAAUUCUCCGGGCACCGCUGUCAUCCCCUGGGUUGAGGAUAGAGGAGCCGAGGGAUGAAAACUAUAAACUCUGCGAUCUUCUGCAGAUGCUACAAUCUUGA